AAUCACAUGACGUAAUUGAUACUAAAAGGUAGUACUAUAAAAAAGACUUGAAAUUUUAAAGCACUUAGCAAUAGGCUUUCAUGCAAAGGGAUCAUUACGUACACUAAAUCUCUUAAAGCAAUAUAACAUGUGCUUUGUCAGUCAACACUGAAGAGUUAAACUCCACUCUUGUACUUUAUAGUGAAGUACUAAAGCAAACCAUCCAACUGAAGCGGACUUCCGAUUAGAGAAGGUGCUUCCUAGGUCAUUGAGUCGUGAAAGAGCCCGACAACCGACGCGCUCAUGAGGUGUAGGAUUGUUUUCAUAAAAUUUUACAACAUUUUGGGUUAUAUUUUGAGUGUUAAGCUUCCCUGGAUGUAGUUGAGACGACAAAGAAAGAUCAACGCAGGACCUACAGAUUCAAGAUAACCGCACUAAGCUCACCGCAUACCACAAAGAGAGGCUCAGCAUCAUAUAUAAAGCCUUUCUCUAUUAACAAGCUACGUUCUUUCGCCGACAAUAGACCUGAAAUUUUGGAAGUUUAAAAACCGUUAAACAAAGUUACGAUUCGUACCUGGCCUUAGGAUAAAAAGGAUUACAAAGAGAUGACCAAUAUAUCAAACGCUACGGUUACUGUGUGGUCAACGGAUGGUCCUGAGUUCGUGGCAGCUUUGGUGUCGCUAGGUUUUGUUUCCUUGAUAGGAUUAGGAGGAAAUGGGCUCGUCGUCGCCAUCAUCACAACUGCACGAAACCGUGGUGAAAAAAACGCUGUCCAGCUAUUUCUAUUUCAUCUAGCCGUCUCAGACCUCAUGGUUUGUUUAUUGUGCAUCCCGCUGACGAUUUUAAUGAACUUUAAUUUUCCCACCGAAGUUUCGGUCACGGAACAUGGCUUGUGUAAAGUUACGAGAUAUGUGCAGUUUCUUGCACCGUCAAGUUCUAUCGCCAUUCUCACCGUCAUCAGCAUCGAUAGAUUCUAUUCACUAGUCAAACCAUUCAAACGUGGAUCUAAGUUUCGCAGUCCCUACUUCCUUAUCUUCACAGCCUGGUUUUACGCAGGAGUCAUAUUCCUACCAACAUUUUACUUCGCUAAGAUGGAACAAAUUUCCACCAAUCGCGGUGAGGUCUGGUACUGCGCGACUAUCCCGAACAACAACCUCAUAGGAUUCAUCUACUUGCUGUUUCUAUUCUUAUCGGCCUUUGCUGUACCGCUGGUCACAAUCAUCGUGUUGUACUUCCGCGUGGGAAAGGCGGUGUGGAGCCGACAGCGGAAAAUCUCCCGUUCGUCAAACACGUAUAUCACSAAGAAUAGUCUCUCUGUACUUCAACGCUCUAGGAGGCGAGUGACAAGGAUGCUACUGAUUGUYGUUGUCGUGUUUUUAUUUUGUUGGUCACCCUUUGUUAUUUACACCGGAUUUAUUGAGAAAUACGUCGCCUCGUUCCCAAACCCCGCCGAUGUAGCUCGGUUGGUAUUAUACUCCUUAGGGCUUGCCAACUCUAUAUGUAAUCCUUUUAUAUACUAUUUGAACAACGAGGGAUCAAAAAAGGGAUCUCUAAAGAAUAUUUGCUUCGAGGCAGUGGUACGWAAGGUUACAAGGAAGAGUAGUUCACGUACUGAAAGAUACCGUCCCCAAACUGGAACGGUAUAUACUGUGUAUAAGGACGGGGGUGAAGYCUAUGAUACGAAACUAUAAAAUCUAGAAUAUUGAUACGAAAACAGGCUAUAUAGGUCAGCGUUUACUGACGAUAAAACACGGACCGGUUUCGUCUGGCACGCACGCAUCAUGGGGCAUGUCCGUUACCGGCUGAGAUGUACGAACAUGAAGCUUUUAUGUUAGGCAUUCCGAGUUUAAUGAGGAUAAAACUGGAUCGAGUUGGCGUUGUAGUGCAUGGUUCUUAGGGCCAGUAUAGAUAUUUCAAGAUGGCGUGUAUUUCGCCCGCCAACUCAUCAAUUCUGUUUUUCCCGUCGAUCAGCUGAAUGGCAAGKCUUCAAUAUAAUUCUUUGUAGCUAACACACCUAAUGGUAGUCAGUGUAUGACGACCAUUUGGAGCACAUUAUGAUGUAAACAACAUUUAUCAGCUGAUUUAACAGCAAUAUCGUAGCUAGUUUAUGAUACUGUAAAUAGUUUGUAGGAAACUAACAGAGAUUAGUAUAAGAAAUCGCACAAUCUCGAGUACAAUUCGGAAUUAUUAGACGAGCUUUAGAGUCCAAUUUGAGAACUUUCAAAACAUCACGAGUAUCUCGAUAAAUUCCGAAUUCAUACGAGAAAAUUGAACGAGAAGAUUGAACACUGAGUGUUCGACAACCAUUUGGAGCAGAUAAUGAGACGCAAACGGCAUUUAUUAGCUAAUUUAACAGCAGUAUCAUCGUUCUUGUUAGAGUACGGCGUUUUACUUUAUAUCCUGUAAAACGUUUGUAGGAAACUAACUCUUACUUAGUAGAAGAA